AUUGAUAUUAUUAUAUUUACCUAUGAAAAUUAUACGUGUGGUUCAUAUAUUUAUUUCUCCUGCUACGACGACUGGUACAUGAUCAGUAGUUCCCCAAUUUUCAGUUAGAUAGAUUAUCACACCUCGUGAACACAGGUUGCAUUUGCUGCGGAGGAUCGAUCUCGCCAAUGGAUUUCAACAAGGAGCAAAAGAAAACCAUAGACCAAUCCAUCUUAUUAUGCUGCAAGUUCUUUGUCUCCGAAUCACGCAACAACGCCACCCUCAAUGCAAUAGAACGAGUUGCAAGGUCAAACCCGGAAACUGUGAUUGUGAACAUGUUUCAUGAUCGAAGUUAUAACAGGGCAAGGUACGACCUUGUGUCAUAUGUUUUGCACGACUGCACAGGAAAUCCCAUAUACAGCCCCUUGCACCAAACUGUCAUAGCCAUGGCUGAGGCUACAUUCAAUGCCAUCAACCUCGAAUUCCAUGAAGGUGCUCACCCUCGCUUGGGCGCACUCGACGACAUUAUCUUCCAUCCACUUGGUCAUGCGUCGCUCGACGAGGCAGCUUGGCUUGCCAAAGCAGUGGCAGCAGACAUUGGCAACCGAUUCAGUGUGCCAGUGUUUCUGUACGCCGCAGCCCACCCAACAGGGAAGGAAGUUGAUGCCAUAAGGCGAGAGCUCGGAUAUUACCGGCCAAAUUCAAGGGGAAGUCAAUGGGCCGGGUGGGCAAUGCCCGAAACGCUACCGCUGAGCCCUGAUGAAGGGCCCAACGUGGUUUCAAGAGCUAAAGGCAUCACAGUGAUUGGUGCACGCCCUUGGAUUACAUUCUACAACGUUCCAAUCCUUUGCACUGAUGUGUCAGUAGCAAGAAGGAUUGCAAGGAAGGUGAGUGCUCGUGGCGGUGGCCUUCCCACCGUGCAAACGAUUGCUGUAGUCCAUGAGGAUUCAACUGAGAUAGCCUGCAUGCUUUUGGACCCCAAACUUGUCGGAGCAGAUAGGGUUCAGAAUAGGGUUGAGAUGCAGGCAGCGGAAGAAGGACUCGACGUAGAACAAGGUUAUUUCACCGACCUUUCUCCGGAAAUGUUCGUAGAGAAAUACAUGAAACUAAUCAAUAAUGCUAACAAAUCGUGAUCAUGUGUGUAACUCGUUAGUUGGACUUGUUGAUCGAUGAAUAAUCAUAAAUGAUCAAAGGUUGUGAUUUUCAGUAAGUGUAAUACAAUGGUUCUAAAUUAUGAUUCCUAAAUGGUUGGCUGGAAAGACAACCAAAGGGUAACAAAAAUGAAGCAUGCAUGGACUAGAAAUUGAGAUUCCUAAAUGCUUCUGUGACUAUCUAUCCGUAUUUAUAUAUCAAAUUAAUGACCCGUUUUUCGGUCAAAA